AUGAACAAUAACAUUAUAAAGCGCAAAGAUUUGAAUAACAAUAAAUCGGUGUAUACCAACAAGUCUAAACCGAUUAAAAAUGUAAAGAAACCGCACAAGAGACCAUUCAAAGAGGCUCCAAAGAAACAAGCCCCAAAGAACAGAGCCCCAAUUAAGAAAGCACCUGUCGAUAAAAGAGAUUCGAAAAAAAAGUCGCAAGUGAAAAAACUAAACAAUUCAAAAAAUCUUGCGCAAAAGAAAAAACCAACCCAAAAACAAGUAAAAAAAGAUGUAAAAUCUCAAAAUAUGAUAUAUUAUAAAACAGCCCUGGAGAAUAUGAAAAACAAAAACGAUACUUACAAAAUAGCUGAAGCUAUUAUGAAGACAGUGAUGGCUAAAGUUGAAAAGAUUGUACAUGAAAAUCAAAAGGAACAAAUGAACAAGUUGAAUAAUAUAACAAAAAUUAUACAAAAACGAUCGAUGACGAAAGUACAUUCUGACAUCAGUCUUCCACCUAGUAUUAGACACUGGAAGAAGAAAUAUCCUCCUAAAAAGAAGGAAAAAGAAUCAAAUAGAUUCAAGAGAAAUGUAAAUCAAACAUUACAGAAAGAUCAAUCUUCUAUAUUAUUCCAAGGCAAGUAG